AUGCUCCCAGCUGAUACUUUCGUCUUAGUUGAAAAUGCUAAACAUCAUUUAUUUAUUGCUGACGGGAUUGGUAUUACUGUUUUAUCAUCAUUAAUUCAAGAAUUAUAUAAACAAGGCAAAUCAAAUUCUGCAAAACUAAUUCAUUGUGUACCAUCAGAAAGUCAAGCUACUUUUGCUAAUCACUAUCAAAGUUUCUAUUUACCGAAUAGAAAUGAAGAACGAGCGAAAGCGAUUCUUCAAUGGCUAAACAAUCAAACUGAACGAAAUAUUGUUGUUAUCUCGUAUAAUUUAAUGUUGAAAGCAUUAUUUCAAUUACAUAAUCAACUUAUUGAUAUGAAGAAUGAUGAAAUAACAAUGUUAGAGUUUUUCAUUCAAUUACAAAUAGGCGAGCAAAUAAAAAAUUAA